CGGCAGAGGGCGACGCACUCGCCUGCGCGGAGGAACACGUUAUGAUGCUCUUCUCUGUGAGAGGUCUCUGUCAUUGUAAAUGCAGCAAGCUGUGAUCAUGGUCAACAUCUCCGAACGAACUGAAGAUAAACUUUAAAUCCCCUUCACAUAACGGAUCGUGCUUUUAACGUCUUUCCCUGCGUUUCUUAAAAGUGAUACACUGAUGUUUUCCUGCAUUGUCCCGCGAGAUCGAAAGCAGGACAGAGGGGUGAACUGAAGAAAUGGUGUACCCAGCUAUCAUAUGGAUUUGAAGGAGUACCAUAUUUUUGCAGAAGGACAGAUGACUAUUGCAUUAAACGCAUCGGAACGGUGCUGGAUCGCGUUUUUAAUCUUAUCUUUUUGUGAACUGACCUGCCAUUGUAUAAGCGGCACCGCUUGUCUAUAUGUAAAAUAGAUGUAGAACAUUUCUAGAUAUUAUUUAUUGCGAUUUAUCUGCUGCGUUGUAAUUGUAAAUACUGCUGGAUUUUCUCUAGCUGUCAUUUUAGCCAGCUCGCGAUGGGAAACUCAAUGACCCACCGCGCCGUUAUUGAGUUAACGAGGCACUAUUACAGUAAGGGAGAGAGGGCGUUUGCAACCUCGUUCUUUCCUUUCAGACUGAACUGACAUCAUGUAGCUUGGGAACGAUAUAUGUUUGAGUUUGAUUACUAGCUAUUUCAUCCAGCUAUUUUGCGAAAUGUCUUAUUAAGUGGUUCAGAGAGUGACAGCGGAACUAGUUAGGUGCAUCCUGCGCAUCUAGCUAGUAAACUUCAUACUUAGCCAUUCCUUUGUUUUGAUUCUGACUUCGUCUUGGUUUUAGGCCAGGCAGCUGUUAGAAAACUCUCAAGUGUACUAAAUCGCCUGAUAAUUUGGCGAUGACAGGGUUCUCGGACAGACCCAGACAGUCUGGAUUAACGAGAGUUUGAAGAACUUGUCCCUGACAGCCUCUCCAUCACAAGCUGUUGUGUAUCACCGGACACCUGCCAAAAAAAAAUGGAGACGGUGGGAGACUUUGAAUACAGCCGAAAAGACCUCGUCGGACACGGAGCCUUUGCGGUCGUCUUCAAGGGAAGACAUAAAAAGAAGACUGAUUGGGAGGUCGCCAUCAAGAGUAUUAACAAAAAGAAUCUCUCCAAAUCUCAGAUUCUGCUUGGCAAAGAAAUCAAAAUUUUAAAGGAACUCCAACAUGAGAACAUUGUGGCGCUCUAUGAUGUCCAGGAAACGCCAAGUUCUGUAUUUCUGGUUAUGGAGUACUGCAAUGGAGGAGACCUGGCAGACUAUUUGCAAGCCAAGGGCACUUUGCGAGAGGAGACACUGAGGGUCUUUCUACAGCAGAUUGCAGCAGCCAUGCGCAUUCUCAACAGCAAGGGGAUCAUUCACAGAGACCUCAAACCUCAGAACAUCCUGCUGUCCUACACGGGCCGCAAGAAGUCCAGCAUCAACGGCAUACGCAUCAAGAUUGCUGACUUUGGUUUUGCAAGAUAUCUCCAGAGCAACAUGAUGGCGGCCACAUUAUGUGGAUCUCCAAUGUACAUGGCUCCAGAGGUGAUCAUGUCCCAGAACUAUGAUGCCAAAGCUGACCUGUGGAGCAUUGGGACUGUCAUUUAUCAGUGCCUUGUGGGAAAGCCGCCUUUCCAGGCUAACAGUCCACAGGACUUGAGGAUGUUCUAUGAGAAGAACAAGACUUUGGUGCCAAACAUCCCGCGAGAGACGUCUCCUCAACUGGAAGAUCUGCUGCUGGGGCUGCUCCAGAGGAACCAGAAGGAUCGGAUGGAUUUUGACACUUUUUUCAGUCAUCCUUUCUUGGAACCGACAUCAACUAUUAAAAAAUCAUGCCCUGUGCCAGUGCCUACGUGCUCUGGCUUGGUCACAGACAGCACGUGUGGCAGCUCUCCUUCCUGUCGUUACGUCUCUCCGCCGUCCCUGCCAGACAUGCAGACUCUCCCUGAGGACGUGUUGUCCUCUCCACCUCUCGGCCCUCCCAACUACCUGCAGCUGUCCAAGGAGUCGGGCGGCAGCACCAGCAGCAAGAACUCCUCCUGUGACACUGACGACUUUGUGCUGGUGCCCCAUCUCUCUGGAGAACAGUCCUAUGACCUUCCAAUGGGGGCAGUGGGCCGCAGAGCGUCCAGUGAAUUCCUUCUCUGUGGAGGGCCACCGCAGCCAUCCUCUGGACAGACCCCAAUGGUAUCACCACGAAGCGAGACCACGCCGAUACCUGUACCCACACAGGUGCGAAACUACCAGCGUAUCAAACAGAACCUGUCCAGCAGCCCAACCACAACACUUUAUGGCUCUCCCAGGUCAGGCACAGUGCGGCGCUCCAACACAAGCCCCAUGGGCUUCCCUAAAAUGGUGUCUGGGUCACCUAGCCCUGCAGAUACAGUUCAAAUGGUGGGGCGACGUCUCUCUACAGGCAGUUCCCGGCCCUACUCCCCAUCUCCACUGGUGGGCACUAUUCCUGAGCAGCUCGGGCACUGCUGCUGCGGACAUCCCCAGAGCCACGAGGCACGCAGUCGCAGCUCCUCAGGCGGUUCCCCUGUGCCGUCCUCUCAAUUACUGGGUACUCGUCUUCAGAGUGUGCCCACACUGACUGACAUUUACCAGAACAAACAGAAACUACACAAGCAGCUGUCUGACCCGGUUCACCCCACCGUCUCAGCCUACCCCACCAGCCACUCCCCUCAGUUUGGUCGCCCCGGCAACCUAGGCACCUCCCCAACCAAGCACCUUGGCUCCUCCCCUCGCACCUCUGACUGGUUAACAAAGUCACCGUUGCCCACCAUCAUCGGCUCACCCACUAAGGCAACCGCUCCAUUCAAAAUCCCUAAAACUCAAGCCUCGUGCAACCUUAUGGCCCUGGCCUCUCAACAGAGUAUGGCCGACAGCCCUGCCCCAGUCAAGACGCUGAUGGAUGGGCGUGACCUCUGUGCACAUCACUGCUCUGCGUAUCCCAGCAGCCGACAGUCUGCACCAGAAGCCAGCAAGACUUCCUUUGGCAGGUCUGUAAGUGCUGGCAGACUGUCUGAGCAGCCGGUACGGAUCACUUUGGGAGGACAGCCGUACCAGGGAAGCACAGACAGCCUCAACACAGAGAGACCCAUGGACACAGCCCCGGCAGGGACUUGCGGUUUGGCAGCAGGCGGGGCAAGUCCCCGCACCGUUGUGUUCACGGUGGGCUCGCCCCCCAACAGCAGCACCCCACCCACCUGCAGCCAUCUCGCCUCCCGCCCGCGCACCACCUCAGUAGGCUCCAACAGCUCGGCCGGCUCGCUGUGCUCCACCAGUGGCAAGGUGUACAUGGGCUCUCCCCCGGGCAUGACCAUUGGCAGCUCCCCACCAGGAGCGGAAGCGGCUCCCAGCAGUCUUCGCUAUGUCCCUUACGGCACCUCCCCGCCCAGCUUGGAUGGAUUCAUCACAUUUGAAGCUCCAGAACUGCCAGAGGAGACACUGAUGGAGCGUGAGCACACAGACACCCUGAUGCACCUGCGGAUGAUGCUGUCCUUUACGGACUGUGUGCUGGAGAUCGCUUCUCUAUGGGCCGGAGGACCUGAUCUGGGUGUGUCUGCCGCCUCUCUCUAUCCGCCCCAGGACAGCGUGGUGGUGGAUCAGAUCAGUCAGCUCAGUAAGGAGUGGGGGCAGGUGGAGCAGCUGGUGCUGUACAUGAAAGCUGCACAGCUGUUGGCAUCCUCACUGCACCUGGCCAAAGCUCAGAUCAAAUCUGCCAAACUCAAUCCAUCCUCGGCCGUCAAACAAGUGGUGAAGAGUCUGAACGAGCGCUACAAGAGCUGCAUUUCCCUGUGCCGCCGCCUCACAGACAAACUCAACCACUUCUUCUCCGACAAGCAGCGAUUUGUGGAUGAGAUCAACAGUGUAACAGCUGAGAAGCUCAUUUAUAACCAUGCUGUAGAGAUGGUGCAGUUGGCUGCACUAGACGAGAUGUUUCAGCAGACAGAGGACAUCGCAUAUCGCUACAACAAAGCCUCUAUGCUGCUGGAAGGCCUGUCCAAGAUCCUCCAGGACCCAGCUGAUAUAGAAAACGUCACCAAAUAUAAAGCAAGCGUGGACCGGAGGAUCUCAGCUUUGUGUUACUGCACCGUUACCCUGUACGAAUAAAGAGAGUCAUCUUGGCCGGUGCUCUCACUCCAGGGACCAUCAUCUUCUCAAACCGCAGAGAAGACCAAACAAAUCCCUCGUUUUUGUUUUGUAGCAAAGCACUUACAGUUCCUUUUGAUUCCUUUCAAUCACAAGCAACAGACCAAGUAUUACAUUUUUUGCAGAUUACAUUUUGAGAAGGAUGUGCACAAGUUCACUACCAAAGAUGAAAACUAAACAGAGACUUUAUAGUAUGAAAAAGAUGUUGGACCUGCAUUUGGAUCCAUCUUCUGUUUUUACAAGUCUUUUCCCUUUUUUUUAUAU